GCUGGCUCUGCUGCCCCUGCCUGCAGCCAUGCAGUCGACCUCCACGGCGUCCCAGGCCGACCGGCUCCUGCAGCGCAAGCCCCAGCCCUCGUCGUCGCUGUCGUCGCGCGACACCUCGCCCGGCCCGCCGCAGCUCGACCCGCGCCUCGACAAGCGCACCGACGACUGGCCUGUCCAAGCUGGUACGACUGGCUCGGCUGGCAAGCCCGCCGCGCCGGGUUACCUCCUCGACAAGGGCUCAGUCGAGGAGCCGCCGUCAUCGAACCGGGUCGACUAUGCCGUCCUCGCGCUCGUCUUCGUCCUCGCGGCCAUUGUGCGCUUCUGGCACAUCGACUUUCCCGCCCAGGUCGUGUUCGACGAGGUGCACUUUGGCAAGUUCGCGAGCUACUACCUGCGGCGAGAGUACUUCUUCGACGUCCACCCUCCACUCGCCAAGCUCCUCCUCGCGUUCCAGGGCUGGCUCAUCGGGUACGACGGCCACUACGAGUUUGACAACAUUGGCGAGUCGUACAUCUCGAACAAGGUGCCGUACGUCGGCAUGCGCACCCUCCCGGCCCUCCUCGGCAGCGCCAUCCCGACCGUCAUCUAUGCCAUCAUGCGCGAGAGCGGGUACCCGAGGCUCGUCGGCCUCUUCAGCGCCUUCCUCGUCCUCUUUGACAACGCCCACAUCACCCAGACCCGGCUCAUCCUCCUUGACGCGCCCCUGAUCCUGUUCAUGUGCCUUGCCUUCUACUCGUACAUCCGGUUCCACAAGCUGCGCUACUCCGAGUUUACGCGUCCCUGGUGGACCUGGCUCGUCCUGACGGGCGUCUUCCUGUCGCUCACCAUCUCGUGCAAGAUGGUCGGCCUGUUUGCGUUUCUCGCCGUCGGGACCGCCGUCAUUGUCGACCUGUGGAACAUCCUCGACGUCCGCCGCGGCCACUCGAUGGACUACGUCACUCGGCACUUCUUCGCUCGCGUCGUCGGCCUCAUCCUCGUGCCGGCCUGCGUCUACCUCUUCUGGUUCUGGGUCCACUUUGCCGUCCUCACUCGGUCGGGCUCGGGCGACGACUUUAUGAGCCCGGCGUUCCAGCAGACGCUGCUCGACAGCCCGUUGACGGCGCUCGCCGAGGAGAUCCGGUACUACGACACUCUCACGAUCCAGCACCGCGGCACCAAGGCGUUCCUGCACUCGCACCCGGACCGGUACCCGCUCAAGUACGACGACGGCCGCAUUUCGUCGCAAGGGCAGCAGGUGACGGGCUACCCGUUCAACGACACGAACAACCAGUGGAUCGUCGAGCCGACGCGCGAGUUGCCCGACACGGGCCGCGGCCGCAUCGUGCGCCACAACGAUGUCGUCACGCUGCGCCACGUCAUCACCAACACGACGCUCCUCACGCACGACGUCGCCUGUCCGACGCUCGCGACCAACACCGAGUUCACGACGUGGGGACGGCCAUGCGCGACCAAGCGCGCCGACACACACUUCCGCAUCAACGUCGACGGCGCGCACGAGGGCCAGCAGUGGAUGACCAAGUCGGGCCACUUCCAGCUCGUGCACGUCCCGACGCGCGUCGCCAUGUGGACCCACACGGACCCGGUCCUGCCCGACUGGGCGUACAAGCAGCAGGAGGUCAACGGCAACAAGAACCUGCGCGACAAGUCGACGUACUGGGUCGUCGACGAAAUCGUCCACGACGAGGCCAAGCCCGACCUGAUGCGGCCCAAGAAGGAGGCGCGCAAGCCGGCCAAGAUGAGCUUCCUGCGCAAGUUCUUCGAGUUGCAGAUCCUCAUGCUGCAGCACAACGCGGGCCUCACCGACUCGCACCCGUACGCGUCGGGCCCGGUCAACUGGCCGUUCCUCCUGAGCGGUAUCAGCUUCUGGACGGGUGACGCCGAGGCGAGGACCCAGGUGUACCUCAUCGGCAACGUCGUCGGGUGGUGGACGUGCAUCAUGGCCCUGAGCGUCUUUGUCGGCGUCCUCGCGGCCGACCAGCUCGCCCACCGGCGAGGCUUGACGCCCAUCCCGACUCCGAUCCGCAACCGGCUGUACAACAGCGGCGGCUUCUUCCUCGUCGCGUGGCUGUUCCACUACGCGCCCUUCUUCACCAUGUCGCGCCAGCUGUUCCUGCACCACUACCUCCCCGCGCACGUCACGUCGGCCCUCGUCGCCGGCGUCGUGUUCCACUUCCUGUUCUGCGGCGACUCGGUCAACUACCCGGUGUCGGUCGCCGGGCGCUCGACGCGCCGGCGCCCUCGGCAGCGCGCCGUCGUCGGCAAGCCCAUGAAGGUCGCCUUUGUCGCGUUUGCGACGCUCCUCGUCGCCAACUACUGGUUCCUGCGCCCGCUCACGUACGGCACGCCCGGAUUGACGCCCGACCAGGUCGACCGCCGCAAGAUGCUGUCGUCGUGGAGCCUGCACUACGCGGGCAAGCCCGGCGGCGGCGGCGGCGGCGGCGGCGACAAGGACCAGUGA